GACAAAAGAUCACCACCGCCGGUACGUGAAAGUCUCUGUUGCAUUUCCUUGAAGUUUCACCGGUAGAUAAUGGAUUUUAAAAGCCAUGAACAUUGCGACAAUUGUGUAAAGCUCUAUUGCAACUCUCCAAAUGGCUGCAAGAUGUUAUUUUGUGAGUUCGGAUGUGGAGCGCAAUUUCACAGCUGUAAAAUGAAAGACCACCAGAAUGUGUGCCAGAAAUGUCGAAUUCCAUGUAUAAAUUCAGAAUAUGGAUGCCCGGUUGUGUUGACAAGAGAUAACCUAAGAAAACACUUACAGCGGUGCCCGGCGAGUGUAAUUUUUUGUACAAUGGAAUGGAAUAGAUAUCCAGUGUAUUCCAAAUCUCGGUUAAGUUGGGUGCCUUUCUUUCAACCGAACCCGAUUUUAGUAAAAGGGCAUCUAGACGUGGAGCUGGCCUUCAGGGAUCAAAGAAUACUUCGGGAAGUGUUUCGAAGGCGUUGUAGAAAAGGAAAAGCAAAAGUGGACAUGUUAAGAUCGUCCUUACAGAAAGACACGCCGAAACAGCAUGGCAACGGGACCCAACCACCGACUGUAAAAUCGGAUUCUGUAAAAAUGGCGAUGGCUUUAGCAAUGUCUUCGUUAGAAAAUAAGUUUCGUAAACAACGAGGUGAAGGGGAGAAUUCUGGCAGAGAUCUCGAAAAUGAAAACUUACUCAACAGCGAAACUCAUCGCGAAGACAGAAAUAUUCUUUGCAAUUUGUUUUCUGGAAGUGAAAAACAGGAGAAUGUCAAUUCUAAUGUUAAUCCAGUUGAAAUAGAGCUACAUCCGUUGGAAGUAGAAGAAGAUGAAAGUAUUAAACAUGACGAGGCCUCUGUUAGUUUCCUCAACAACAGCGUACCACCUCCCCCUGCCCAUCUGCCCAUCUACCUUGACCAGCCCCUGGGUUUGAAUGUUGUGGUUGAAACCCUCCCCAAGUUCCAGAAACAGUUUCCAAUGUAUUCCAUACCUUGCAACCAGGUGUUCCGCCGUGAUGAGUACAGUGGCCAUUUCAAAAAUGUUCACAGUGAUAUUCAAGGUGGGCUGAAUGGUUGGUUAGAGCAUCGCUGUCCGCUUUCACAAUAUGGCUGUACCUUUGUUCGCUACAGGCUUCUUCCACACAGCCAAGAUGGAGCUGUAACCUUCAACCAAGAGCUUGGAAGCUUUGGCAUCAGACCAUAUGAGCAAUCACCUCCUGUAGACACCUCUUGCUGUGCGGCAGAAUCUUCCCAAAGUCAGAUAGGAGACACCAAUGGUUCCACAGGGGAAAUUGCUCAAAAUCAAAUUCAGAUGCAUGCAAAAUCUAGUUUGGAUCUGCUGACAUCUUUGCCCUUAGAGAUCCUGGAAAAAGUAGCUGGCCAACUGGAUGGCUUCAGUCUGUGUAACUUCUCUCGCACUUGUAAGUUGUUGAGGGAGGUUUGCAGGAAUGUUUUGGAAACAAAAGGCAUGGUGCUGUUUGAGUGGGAAAAAAGAAUCUACGAUGAUGGGAGCUGGUCUUGGAAGAUAAGACAGAAGCGAUGGUACUUUUCUACGUCAUUUUCACCAGUCGAAAAGUGGGUGCACUCUAACUCACCAUUCAUGGCAGCACAUUUAGAGAAGUGCCAAUACUUUGACCACAGAAUACCAUCAAGUCAGUUUAGUUACUGUUUUAUUGUUAAACCUGAACAUUCAGGUAAUGGUAACAAUGAAAACCAUAAAGAGAAAAGUGAGAUAGGCCUUGAACACCACCCUGACCACGAGGAUAGUGGUGUUGAUCAGAUAGUCCUUGAAUGCAAGAUUAGUGAUGAGAAUGAAACAGACACAGAGACAGAAACUGAUACGGAAAUAUCAUCAUCAUCAUCAGACUCAGAGGUACUUGAUGCAAAGAAUUGAACUGAAAUUCUGCGUAAACUUAGGUUUUAAUCACAGAAAUCUUAUCAGUUAUUAGUGAAAUUUUUAUUAAAAAGUAUAUUUAUAAAUAUUGGGUUGUGUACGACCCUAUGUAUACUAAAAUUCCAAAAAAAAAAAACAUCUGUACUACAUUGAAUGCAAAUGACAAUGUUAUUGAUGUCAGUGUUGAAAUUUUAAUUAUUUUGGUGGAACAGGAAGAGCCACAUUUUUACAGUUUUAUAUUAGAGGCUAUGAAAUGACUUGAAAUUUUAGUAUGGUGAAAUUUUAGCAGUAUUGAUUUAACUGCCAUGCUUGAAGUUACAAUACUAUAAUACUUAGUACAUGUAUGUUGGAUAAUAUUAAUUUUUUUGAGUGGACUGUUUGGGUAAUAUGGUCACGGAGUUGACUAGAGGUGAUGGUUUUUAUCUGAACUGCAUCCUGGUUGUGGGAAGUAGUGGCGAUAAUCUUUGUUGUCAACAAAAGUAUGCUGUUCCAAAGUGUACUUUUCUGUCUUCCGUGACCUGCUACGUGAAGAGAGUAACAAAAUGGUUUGAACCCGAGUUGAAGUCAUCACCAGAGGUCAAGUUGAUCUUAGUGGUGGUUUAGCCUUUUCACUCCCAGGAGUGACUAAGAUAGAAUUUCUCCUUACAAUAUCAUAACAAUAUCAAGCAGACAAGUGAUGAGAAUAAAGAAAAAUGUCAAUUAGGGAAUUAUUUAUUGAUCUUAAACCAAAUUCUCCAAAGUAACAUCAUAGUAAUUGUAUGGUAGACAGGGAGGAGUGAAAAGGUGAACCUUUUGGUGGACAUUCUAUUGGUGACUAAAUUUCAGAUUCUCAAAAUAUCAGUUCUUCAUCCAGCAAACAGUUCAUGAGGAUAGAUUAGAAGAAGUUUUAUUGUAUUUUAAACACCAAAUUUUGCCACCUCAGUUCAAGGUGGCUGAUCGUAGCAAGAAGGGAGAAUCACUGACUGAAUCUUAAGAUGUGAUGGGUCAGGGUAGUGUAAGAUAAAUUGAUAGUAAUCUAUAUUGUGCCAUCAUUUUUUUAAUAGGGAAUCAUUUAAUAGAAAUAUACUAUUUCAAAGUAAAUUAUUUUUACCAUUCUAAGAUAUGUUUGAUAUUUAAGACACUUCACAAAGAGAAAUUAAGAUAUACAUGUUUGUAUUUUUAUUUCAAAGAAUGUUUUGUACAUUCAAAGGUUUGGGGGUACAACAUGUAAUAUGCAAACAAUGAAUUAUGAGUGGAAAGAAACUGUUAGAAAACCUGAGAUCCUUUGAGAUACUUAAACAGAAAUAUAUGGGCCAAUGUUUUCAAAUUUGCUGGUUACAUGUAUAUACAGAGAUGACAAAAAAGAAAAAAACAAGGCAGAAAAGAUAUAAUGGCCAGUUUUCUUAAUUUGGCAUCUGGCUGUUAUGCCCCCAAACCCUCAGAUAAAGUAUUAUUUAUUUUAAUCUGGUGUUAAUAUAUGGCUGUGUCUCACAAGGACUGGGAACUACCG